GAGUCUGGAGGCUGACAAGAGGCAGCCAAGAGGAAAGAGGAAAGAGGAACGAGGAAAGAGGAAGGAGGAAGGAGGCGAGAGGCAGGAGGCAACUGCAGCCUCUGUUGAUACUUCUGACUUCCCCCGCAAUUCAGUCACUCAGUCGUACCAUGACCACGUGCGCGCUUGGUGCUGGUUAAACCGGCAACCAAGAAGAUAUCGGUCUCCCCUGAAAACCGUACUUUCGAAAAAUAGACAGAAAAAAAAAAAAAAAAAAACAAAAAUCAAAUCGAAAAGGAUAAAAAAAACAAGUUUCGAUAACGACAAUUUCGAGUCCCGAUUACGAGGGUCUGAUUAACGAACGGAGUCGCACGAUCGUCGAUUUUAUUCUUCCACAAUCGGUGUGUGCGGAUUUGAAAAAUUAUUAAUAAUUUAUUAAAAAAAACAGAAAAUAAAAUUAUCGAAAAAAAAAUAAAAAACGCGCGCACGUGGUUGUUGUAUUAUUUCUUUUCGUCAUCGAAAUACAUUCUCGCCGAUGAUGUCGAGUUGAAUAAUCGCGAUGAACGAAGUGUGUAGCUCCAUGACGAUUUGAAGUGAAACGAAAAAAAAAAAGAAAAAAAUAUUCGGUGCACCGAUAGGAAUAUUCAAUGUGAUAGGGGGAAAAAAAAUGAUAUUCGGUACGAGUUAUAAAUUAUUCGAUGAAGUGCUUGAAAGAUUUUGAAAAAAUUUGAGCCCGAUCGUCGAUAGAUCGUCAGACUGUACAGCGAGCGUGGGAGUGGUUUCAUCCCUUAACAAAAGUCGAAUGAAGAUGACCAAUUGGCGAUCAUCUGCUACGGCGAUUAUCCGGUUCGGCCUUCUGUUGGCUUCGGUCAAUGCUGCCAUAGGAAAUAAUCAUACUGAUGAUUUCAACGAAUUGACCUAUUCGGCAACAUCCGCGAAUCCGAGUUGGUGGCCGCAGCAUCUUCAAAACAGAAACGACUCGACGCAUCAUCAAAAAAAAUCGACGAAAAUCAUUCAUUUCUCCGAUUGGAGCGAGUGGUCGGUCUGCGAUCGUCACUGUACGCAAAACCGAGUUCGAAGGUGUCAGUUGAAAAAGAAAUGUGGAACGACGGUCCUCAGAGAAGAGAGGAGCUGCUAUCACAAAAGACGAGGUCGUCGAAGACGAUGCCGCCAACGUCAGAGGCACAGAGACCGACAUAAAGAAAAAUUUCACGUCGUCCAGAUUCCGAAAGAAGCCGAACCCCGCCAAGUGAAGCGCAAGGGUAAUCGUCCGAUUAACGGACAAAACGGACCCAGGAAUCGACCGAACAGAUUCUACGGAAAAUGGAGCAAGUGGUCAGCCUGCACCAGAACCUGCACUACUCAACGGCACAGGUGGUGCAGACGGCCAGGGAUAUGCGGACGCGACGUGAUACGCGAAAGCGCCUACUGUUACGUCGAAGGAAGUUUCUGCCAAAAAUGGAUUUACCGACGAAUACAGGGUCAGCACGAGGACGACAACGAUGUUGACCAGGACCUGGACGAAUUUGAUAUCCGUCCGAACAUGGUGGACUCUGUCAACGGUGCGAAUGACGAACCGUGGAAAUGUGGGGUCGUUAAUUCGAGCCGAAAUUCCCGUUUGUCCUAUUUCACGAGGAUCAUCGGGGGCCGGCCAUCGAUACCAGGGAAUUGGCCGUGGCAAGUCGCACUGCUGAACAGAUUUCGGGAAGCUUUCUGCGGAGGCACUCUGGUUUCUCCUAGAUGGGUUCUCACCGCUGCUCAUUGCAUGCGAAAGAGGCUCUACGUCCGCAUCGGUGAACACGAUUUGACGGUCAAAGAGGGCAGCGAAUUGGAGCUCAGGGUGGAUUCGGUAAUCGUGCAUCCAUACUACAACGCCGACACCGUCGACAACGACGUAGCUCUUUUACGACUUCCGGUGACUUUGACGCCGGCCGUUACUCGGGGUAUCGCCUGUCUUCCGACUCCGAGACAACCGUUACCCACGAAUCAACGUUGCACGAUUAUCGGAUGGGGGAAAUCCAAAGCGACCGACGGCUUCGGUACCGAUGUGCUUCACGAAGCUAGGGUACCGAUCGUUUCCAGCGACACUUGUCGCAGCGUCUACAUGGAUUAUCACAUAACGGAGAACAUGUUUUGCGCGGGUUAUCCUCAGGGGAGGAUGGACACUUGCGCCGGUGACAGUGGCGGUCCGUUGCUCUGUAAAGAUCCGCGAAGACCGGAACAGCCGUGGACGAUUUUCGGUAUCACUAGUUUCGGUGAGGGAUGCGGUAAACGCGGUAAAUUCGGCAUUUACGCCAGAUUACCCAACUACGUGAUAUGGAUCGAGAAGGUCAUAAGACACACCGACGCCCAUACGUAACGAACCGACUCAUUCGAGCAUAAAAAGCAUACGAGAAUCCUUUGACUUCCUAUUUUAGUGAAACAAGAAGAAUAACUGGAGUGUAAAUUUGUUUGAAUUAGGUACGAAAUUGUUGAACUUUUUCGAAUUUUCUCUGUCACGAGUAACUGUCACCUUAGUGAACUCGAUUCAAGCAUGGCGUACGGCGUUAGAUAGACGUUAAUAAAAUUCAUCAUCCCUUC